AUGCAUCAUCAUCUCUCGACCAUCCCGCGAGCCUUCCUGUCCUCUCUGCGCACCAAUCUGCAGAUCUCCUUUGAAGACCUCAGUGCGUCUUCGUCUUCUCGCCAGCCGCCAUCAGCCAGCGAAGACUACUCAAACGACGCCUCUUCUUCCGCGGGCUUUGCGGAUGAUCUCGAGGAUCCCCCGUCUCCAACAGACACAUCGACCACCUCGACUACUCAGCAGUCCUUCCCCCUGCCGGCUACCUGGACCUACCAUGCCUCGACGGACGGUGACCGUCGGGCUGCCCUCAGACUCGUUGCUGAUAGCAUCCGCGAGCAGCGUGUGAACGCCAUACGUAGUAUUCUACUCCAUCCGGCAGUCCUUGCGGCUGCCUUUUCUCUGCUUACGUUGUUCGUGCGCUGUGCGUUGCAUGGCCAGGAGCAGAAGAAAAAGGGGGCCGUGGCAUGUCUGCUCGCCACUGCCGGUCUGACAGCAGCUGCAGUUAUAGUUGCAUACCGCACAACCAGACACUACCUGACCAUGGCAUCAGCCGUCGAAGAUACAGCUUGGCUGCGAGAGGGACUCGUUCAGCAGCAGCAGCAGCAGCAGCAGCGCAAUAAUCACCACCCAAACUCGCAUGGACCUGCAGGCAGCUCCAAACACCACAGCCAUCACAACUCAGGAACCUCCGAGGACGAACUCCUAAUAACCAGAGACCACGAAGAAAUAGUCGCUGCCCUGGUCCUCCGCACCGCUCGCACCAACGCACUCACCUCCGGUGCCCCGAGUGCCAACGGCAUGCGCGCCCUCCGCCAUCGACACAGCAAUAGCUCCACGACCGGCCGUUUGACGGGCGUGAUUCGCGCAUGGACAGUGAAAAAGUCUCAUCGAAAUCACGGCCUGGGCCUGGGUCUGCUCGAGUCGGCAGUCGCUAUUUGUCGAGUGCGCAGGCUCGACGGCCCCAUAUUCGCGGACGAUGAGCGGUUUUGUGGUGCGCAUGUCGUCUCGCCCGGAUACUACUGGUGGUGGUCGUGGUGCUGGUGGCAUUUUGGUCAUGCUAGAUCUGCUGAGAAAGCGGAACUGAAGGCCAAGGAGUGCUUGAGGGCGGUCAUUGAGGGGAAGCAAUGA